CUUCAGAAACAGGAAGUAGCAUGACAGUGUGGAGGCUGGCAGUUAACCGGACUUGUUGUUGUUGUUGUUAAUCCGGUUCCUUUAAAACAGCAAUUUUAUACUUACCGUAUUUCCGUGAAAAGCGAGCCGCCAUGAAAGAGACAGCUUUCUGUUUGGUUUGUUGUUUAAUGACCAUUUCGUUGGUCGAAGGCGUCGAUAAUUCCACCAAAGCGCCUGGACAUGGAGCUAGCACAGUUAGCAUCACUGCUCCCAAACUCGCGAGCACUAAACCCCAGAACUUCACUUUAAACAGCCUGCCCUUAACCGGCUCUAUGAUCCAGAGGGCUUUGUAUGUGCUCAUCGGCAUCACCAUUUUAGGGGUGCUUUAUUUCCUUGUGCGAGCAGUUCGUUUGAAGAAAUCUUCUACACCGAGAAAAAAGUAUGGACUUCUGGCAAACUACGAUGACACGGUGGAAAUGGCACAGCUGGAAAGUGAUGAAGAUGACAACACUGUGUAUGAGGCCAAAUCACUGAGGAGAUGAGUCCAGAGUGCCAAGAGGAUGAUAAAGCAAUAAUGUGGAACGGACCAAAAAAAAAAAUGACCAAAAAGACCAUUUCGGAGUUUCUUCGUCAGAACGAUGGACCCCUCAGGCUGUGGUGUGUUUUGAGUGAACCUGUUCUCUUUGGUCCUGUUUUAUACUUAAACUACUUACCACAAGCUGUGCAGCUCUGAGAAUGUAACACAUAAAUUCCUUGAGGUGUGCUGGUGCAUUUUCUUUCCUUUUUUUCUUUUGUGAUUAGAUUUUUUUCCCCCCUCAGCUUUGCUUUCAAUGAUUUCGUUUUAAAUUUUAAUGGUGUGACAUAUUAUUUUUUGCUGUUUUACUUUAUCUGUUUGAUAGUACAGCAUCCCGGAGCCUGUGGUCUAAUAUGAUGAUCGAGCUGCAUGAUGACACGCUAUCUUUAUCGUAUUGCUUUUCAAUAUAAUGUCAGUGUUGCAAAAGCGAGCAUCGUGAUAAGGAUUAACAAACGAAACACUGCGCAGCUCUGUGUUACAUUACAGUAAGUGUGUGCUAAAUAAAACAGGAUUGUAAAGGAUUCUUGAUGGAAAUAAUAUAUGAACUUAUUUCUAGAUCUGAAGAGAAAGUAUGAAUGUUAUUAUUAUUAUUAUAUAUUUUUGUUAUCAGGGUAACAGAGACUUGUAAGUCUUUAGUUCGCUGCACUAACAGAGCAUCUUAAAUACACACUGUAUUCUGUUUAUUGUCUUUUUCAUUUUUUUGGUAUACGUCAAGAAAGCCAAAUACAAAAAGUUUAGAAACUAGAACUGAAGUCUGCGAAAGGUUUUUUUUUUCUUUCCAGUUUCUUUUUCCCAGCUUAAAAAAAACAAAAAACAAAAAAACAAGGGUCUUUUGCACUUGUGGUGAAUUUUAUUUUAUUUUUUUCUCCCCUGGACAUGUCUAUCAUCAGAACAAAACCAGAUUGAGGUGUGAAUUUAACCUGAAUGUACCCCAAGAAAAGCUAUCUUGCACAUUGCUCUAUUUUAAAAUUUUGUUAAUCUUUUCUAUUCAUUGCUAAAUUAAAAAAUAUACAGUACUGAGCAAAAGUCUUGAGCCACCCCUUGUUUCAUCAUAUCAGACACGGACUUUCUUCUAUUUAAUGUCGCCUGAGAAGUAGUUCUCCAGCCUUGUUGAAGGACUCUUUUUGUCUCUCAUUUUCAAUUCAGUCCCUGUACUUGAACAGUUUUGAAGGAAUGUAUUUGUUUGUUGAGACACACAGUGACCAAUGAAAUAUUCAAGCAUGAAAGCAUCUAACUUAAGGCAUGAACCAGUAAGAAAUGGGUGCACUUGAUGGCAGAUGAUCAGGCCGGUGUUUAGUGUACUGGUAAUGUUACAUGCUGAGUGAUUGGGACAGACGAGAGGGGAAAUGAGGUUGCUGCUGAGGUUGUUACACAAACACUUUGGGUCUUUGGCAGCAUGUCACACAUUUGUUCAUAUUUCUUUUUAAUUCAAUCUACAUCAUGUGAAUUUAAUUAAAUUUAAUAUGAAGAAAUAAUAGGUGACUCAAGACUUUUUUUUUUUUUUGGUUCCGAAAUAUCUUAAGAAAAUUAAAUGUUUCUGUCUAUAGCAUCCCAUUACAUUCAUUCCACAUAAACCUUAUUAAGAUUUCUGGAUUUCAGUAAAAGUUAUUUAAUGCUUGUUUUUCACUGACUGUAUGAUUUGGUAAAAUAAAGGUAAAAGAAGUUACUUUGUUAAAUCAAAUUUGGUUGAUUAUUUAAUUAUGAUGGACGUUUUUCUUUCCACUACCUUUAUGCUUCAUCCAAACAAUCCUGAUCUCCGCUUUCUUCGUAUUUUCUUUCUUUUAAAAUCUUGACCAUGAAACAAUGCAUUUUUCUCUUUAAUAUUCCACUGUUUGGUGAAGGUAGCUGUACUUUUUGUAGUCUUGAGUGAAAGCUCAGUGAUGAGCUCAAAGCAGAUUCAAGUGUGUUGUGUUUGUUUUCAUGUGUGUGGAUACGUGAAAAAGCUCCACAUCGAUAUUUGGUGUUUAAAGUUCAGAAAUCGUGCCUUUAAGUGUUUUCUAUUUAGACGGAGCUGUAAGUCAAAGCGAUCUGUGACUAAUUGUUUUCAACAUUCUUGUAUUUUGAAAGCUUUACAUUCCUUUAUUAAAAUACUUAAUAUAUUUCUAGAACAACCUUUGAAUAGUUCUAUAUCCGAGUGUACUGUUGAUUGAUUGACUGACACAGGCUUUUGUGAAUAUUUUGUUAUUAAAGCUUUAAAGAUAAAAGCCGAAUUGGGGGGUUAUGGGUCAAAUAUUAAUUCUAUUUUGUGUGCAUGUUUUACAAUGCACACUCUGAUCAUAAUUACACAACAAACAAAAAUUAUUUUUUUUUGUAUUCAUCUUUACUCUCUGUCUCCAGUUGUUUGUACAAUAUAAUCCAUUCAUACAGAUCCCAUGCUGUGAUGUUUCAGAGGGCUGUGCCCCUGUCGCUCUUAUUGAAAAUUUGUUGUUGAUCAAUGACGCCAUUUUCUGGAGAUUUUUAAAAAUAAAGAUCCUUUAGCUACUGA